AUUCCGGAACAUACCAAAAUGGCGGCUAGUGCAGCGGCGUUAUUAGAUGAAUUAAUGGGAAGAGGUAGAAACCUUGCCCCAACAGACCAGAAAAGUGAAGUUCACUGGGAUGAUCCAGAGAUUUGUAAAUAUUUCCUGUGUGGCUUCUGUCCACAUGAAUUGUUUGUCAACACCCGGGCUGAUCUUGGCCAGUGUCCUAAGGUGCAUGAUGAUAUACUUAGAAAAGAAUAUGAACAAAGUUCCCGUUUUCAAAAAUGCGGUUAUGAAGAAGAUUUUAUGCGGUUUUUGCAAAGUCUGAUAGCUGAUGUGGAAAAAAGAAUUCGAAGAGGACAUCAGCGACUGGCAUUAAAUGCUAUGCAAGGAACCCUAAAUGGAAGCUUUCCCGGUGCUAAGGAAGACAAGUCUGAGAUGCUCACCGAGAAGAUCAACGAGCUCGUUAAUCAGGCUGAACAGCUGGGGUGUGAGGGUAAGGUCGAAGAAGCUCAAGGUGUUAUGAAGCUGUGUGACCAGUUACGUGAAGAAAGGCGCCAACUCGAAAUGAACCCUUCCGGGCCCCAGUGGGCUGAGCCCGAAAAGACACUGGAAGUGUGCAGUGUGUGUAGUGCUUUCCUCGUUGUCGGGGACGCUCAGCAGCGUAUUGACGAACACUUGUACGGUAGACAACACACUGGAUAUGCACGAAUUAGGGCCUAUGUUGAUGACAAGCAGAAAAAACACAGAGAAGAAGCUGAAGAAAGGGAGGCCAAGGAACUAAAACUGGCAAAAGAACGUGAAAACCGCGAGAAAGAACGUGAGAGAGAAAGAGAGGAAAGGAGGAAAAAAGAAAAGGAAAAAGAGGAUAAGGAAAGAGAAGAACGAAGGAAAGAAAGAGAAAAGAAGCGAAAGGAUCGUAGUCGAUCAAAGAGUAGAGGUCGACGGUCGCGGAGUCGUGAUAGACGAGAUCGUAGUAGGGAGAGAAAACGGCGUUCACGCAGUAGGAGCAGGCACAGAAAACAUUCACGAAGCAAGGACCGCCACAGGUCGAGUAGAUCCGCUCGCUCAUCGCGCUCCAGGAGCAGAUCGCGGAGACGAUCAGGGAGUCGGAUUCGGGGUCGCGACCGGGACUCGAAACGGGGGACCCGGAGUCGAGAAAGAGACGUGAAACGCAGAUCUCGAAGCAAAGACCGCGAUGGCAGACGAAGAUCACGGAGUAAAGAUCGCAAUAGCAGGGAUAAAGCGAAGCGGAGUGAAGACAGAAGCUAUAAACGUAGCAGGUCUAGAGAGAAACGGAGCAGAUCUGCAGAGAAACGAAGCAAGUCUAGAGAGAAGCGAAGCAUGUCUGCGGAGAAACGUAGCAAGUCAAGAGAGAAACAGAGCAUGUCUGAAGAUGACCAGAAGCAUGAUGAAGUAAGCCAUUCCCCAGAAAGACAAUACCAGACGAACGAGGUGGAAAACAGGAAGGUUGACGAAGACGUGAACUCGGCAGAAAAUCAUUCUGGGCAGCAGAAUAAUGGUACUGGUGCUGACAACAUGGAGACGGCUGACCUGUGACGACAAUCAUAGAGGUAGCUUUUCACACCAAGAGCUUUGCAGUGAGAUUUGUGGCAGUAUCAGUGAUGUGGUAAAAAGGACUUGAUUUCCUCAGUGUCCAAACAUGUUGGAAUUGUUCAUCCUAAAAAGGUUUUCUCAUAUGAUCUACUUUUUAGCAGAUUAUAGAGGUUAGAGCAUCUUUUUGAAUAACACCAUGUCGUUUCUUUUUUUUCUUUUUUUUAUUAUUAUUAUUUUUUAUUAUUUGUGUCCACACAUUUAACUGAUUAGUAAUGCCAUUUACUUCUGAAUUUUAAACAGUUGUUUGUACAUUGUCGGAUGGAAUACAUCAGUUGUGUAUCAUUAUAUCACUGUUCCUUUUUUAAAAAUAUAGUUUUGUUAACGAAAUCAAUGAAUCGGUCUGUAAUGUGUACAUUAAUAAAGGUGUUAUGUCUUAAAUGCUUAA